UUGGCACUGCUGUGCGUUUGGUGUCUCAAAUUAUCUGUCCCUUUUCUGGCCAUGUGACACAAGGCUGUGGUUGUAGUGCAUUGAGUGUUUAUUUCACACUGAUACAGCACACCUCUUCAUGUGUUUAUUUCAGUCUCUCCUGCACACUCUGUUGAGGCUGAAGAAGAAUGGAAAGUUGAAACUGUUUCAGAGCCAUCUGAGUCAGGACUGGCCAGAAUGCUUUAAGACUCUGUCUGAAGAUCCUUCUGUGCUGGAGAAGUUCAUGCAGAUGAAGGAAUCGUUCAAGAGUCAUCAAAGCCAUGAUUACCCAGAAUGCAGUGAGAGAGAGCAGGAGGAUCCUGAGGUCCUGUACAUUGUUGAGAAGAUGCUGGAGACCUGUGGCAGUGAGAGGUCUCUGAAGAUCACACUCCACAUCCUGAGGAACAUGAAGCAGAAGGAUCCCACUGACUCACUGGAGAGAGAUGAGCAGCACAAUGAAUCCAUUAAAAGAGCCCAGCAGGAACUGAAAACUCAUCUGAAGAAGAAGUUUGAAUACAUAUUUGAAGGUUUAACAGUGCAGGGCCACACAACUCUCCUCAAUGAGAUCUAUACAGAGCUCUACAUCACAGAGGGGGGAAGUGGGGAGGUCAAUAAUGAGCAUGAGGUCAGACAGAUUGAGACAGCAUCCAAGAGACAAACCACCCAGGAGACUCCAAUCCUCUGCAAUGACAUCUUUAAGCCUUUACCUGGACAAGAGAAACACAUCAGAACUGUGCUUACAAAGGGUAUCGCUGGCAUUGGGAAAACCGUCUCCGUGCAGAAGUUCAUUCUGGACUGGGCAGAAGGAAAAGCCAAUCAGGAUGUUGAUUUCAUCUUCACUCUUCCUUUCCGAGAUCUGAAUCUGAAGAAGGAAAGAGCAUUCAGUCUGAUGCAACUUCUGCAGCACUACUUUCCACAACUGAAAGAGAUCAAAAGUGUUGAAGGUGAUGAUGUCAAAGUUGUGUUUAUCUUUGAUGGUCUGGAUGAAUGUCGACUUCCUCUACAUUUCCAAAGCAAGGAGAUCUGCUGUGAUAUAACAGAGUCAUCAUCAGUGGAUGUGCUGCUGACCAACCUCAUUAAGGGGAAUCUGCUUCCCUCUGCUCUCCUCUGGAUCACCUCCCGACCUGCAGCAGCCAAUCAGAUCCCUCCUGAGUGCAUCCACCAGGUGACAGAGGUACGAGGGUUCAAUGACCCACAGAAGGAGGAGUACUUCAGAAAGAGAAUCAGAGAUCAGAAGCAGGCCAGCAGAAUCAUCUCACACAUCCAGUCAUCCAAGAGUCUCUACAUCAUGUGUCACAUACCAGUCUUCUGCUGGAUUUCUGCUACUGUUCUGGAGACAAUGUUGGGUAAAGUAGAGAGUGGAGAUCUGCCAAAAACUCUGACUGAAAUGUACACACAUUUCCUGCUCAUUCAGACUAAUGUGAAGAAUCUGAAGUAUCGUGGCUCUGAUGAAACAAACCCAAAGAUGUCAGCAUCAGAUACAGAAAUCAUCCUGAAACUGGGGCAGCUGGCUUUUGUACAGCUGGAAAAGGGCAAUCUGAUAUUCUAUGAAGAGGACCUGAGAGACAGUUGCAUUGAUGUCAGUGAAGCUUCAGUGUACUCUGGGGUGUGCACAGAGAUCUUUAAAGAGGAGCGUGGGUUGGGUCAGGAGAAGGUCUACUGCUUUGUGCAUCUGAGCAUUCAGGAGUAUCUGGCCGCCUUGUUUGUGUUUCAUUCAUGUGUAAAUGAGAACAGAAAUGUGCUCAGAGCAGAAGAAUCAAAACCUCACAGUGGCAGAGUGCAGCUGUCUGAGUUACAUGAGACUGCAGUGGAUCAGGCCUUAGAGAGUAAGAACGGACACCUGGACCUUUUCCUCCGAUUCCUUCUGGGCCUCUCUCUGGACUCCAUUCAUCCCCUCUUAGGAGGAAUACUGACACAGACAGGAAGCAGAUCCCCUGGACCAGACCCACAGACACAGACACUGGAAAGCAGAUCUGAUGAAGGAAUAUGGAGGAUGAUAAUAAAACUCUUUCAGAGACUAUGGACACCGGCAGAAAGCAGAUCCCCUGUGCCAGACCCAGAGACAGAACGCAGAUCCCCUGUACCAGACCCACAGACAGAACGCAGAUCCCCUGUACCAGACCCACAGACACAGACAGGAAGCAGAUCAGAGAGCAUCAAGAAAACAGUCCAGUACAUUAAGACGAAGAUCAAAUACGAAUCUUCCGCAGAGAGGACCAUCAAUCUGUUCCACUGUAUGAAUGAACUGAAUGACAACUCUGCAGUGGAGGAAAUCCAGAAUUCCCUGAGAUCAGGAAAACUUUCUGAUAAAGAGCUGGAACCCCACCAAUGUUCAGCUCUGGCCUUUGUGUUACUGAUGUCAGAGGAGGUCCUGGAUGAGUUUGUCUUGAAGACCUACAACACAUCAGAAGCAGGUCGUCACAGACUGGUACCAGUAGUCAGGAACUGCAGGAAGGCCAUACUGCACAGUUGUAACCUAAGUGAGGAGUCCUGUGAAAUUGUGGCCUCAGCUCUCCAGUCAUCAAACUCACCCCUGAGAGAUCUGGACCUCAGCUACAAUAACCUGGGAGAUGCAGGAGUGAAGCUGCUCUGUGCUGGACUGAUGAGUCCAAACUGUAAACUACAGAGACUGGGGCUGGGUUGGUGUAAUCUCACAGAGGGCUGCUGUGAUGUUCUGGCCUCAGUCUUGCGUUCUCCUCACUCAGAGCUGAGUGAUCUGGAGCUGAGAGACAACGAGCUGCAGGAUUCAGGAGUGAGAGCGCUCUCUGCUGGACUGGAGGACCCACACUGUCAACUGCAGAGACUGGGGCGUUCGAUAUAGAAAACCCGCGGACUCACCACCCCGUGCAUGCGCCCUGCACACCUUCAUUGUCCUUGCAAUCCAGUUUGGCUGCCAGGAUUUCGGGAAAGCACCAGCGCCCUGUGGCAUCUGAGUCCAGCCAUUCCAUCCGGGGCAGCCACCAGGGUUUUGGAUCGUGACAUUACCCUGGGGAGCCGUUUCCCAAAGUCCAGUAUCCUUUUGCUGAAGCCAGCUCUUUCCGCAAACCGUCCAUGAAGCAGUUAGUCAGCUUGGUUCCGUACGGGGUGAGACUGGCAUGUUAUCUCCAGGUUUCUCCAUUCCGCUGUGUGCAUCGUAUUUUUGUGUAAGUCUCUCAAGAACAUCAUUAACAGUUUCACCAAACC